ACAGCAACAGCAACAGCAGCAGCAGCAGCAGCAGCAAUAAGCAGCCCCAGCAUUGCCUUGCCUUGCCCAGCCCAGCCCCAACCCCUGACGCCUGCAGGCCAGCGAAAGGGAGUUUCCCCAGGACUAGCCUCGGAACUAGUGGCUUCCAAAGUUGCCCCCUCCCCCAUUCUUGCACCCUGCCACAGCCUCCCCCUCCCCCGCCCUCCAAGGCUUCAGGCAAUGAUUUUUCCUAAUAGCAGCGGGAAUCCGGGGGGCAGUGGCACCAGUCGAACCCCCUUUCGGAAACAGCAGUCUAUCGUCCCAGCCCAUCCGAUGGCUCCUCCCAGUCCCAGUACCACCAGCAGUAAUAACAACAGUAGCAACAGUAGCAGCUCAGGGUGGGAUCAACUAAGCAAAACAAAUCUUUAUAUCAGAGGACUGCCUCCAAAUACCACAGACCAGGACCUGGUGAAACUUUGUCAACCAUAUGGAAAAAUUGUCUCCACAAAGGCAAUUUUGGACAAAACAACCAAUAAAUGCAAAGGUUAUGGUUUUGUGGAUUUUGACAGCCCAGCUGCUGCCCAGAAAGCAGUCUCAGCUCUAAAGGCUACUGGAGUUCAAGCCCAGAUGGCAAAGCAACAGGAACAAGACCCUACAAACCUGUAUAUUUCUAAUUUGCCACUGUCCAUGGAUGAGCAAGAACUUGAAAACAUGCUUAAACCAUUUGGACAAGUAAUUUCCACAAGGAUACUGCGUGAUUCCAGUGGCACAAGUCGCGGUGUUGGUUUUGCUAGGAUGGAAUCGACAGAAAAAUGUGAAGCUGUUAUUGGUCAUUUUAAUGGAAAAUUCAUUAAGACACCCCCAGGAGUUUCUGCUCCUGCAGAACCUCUCUUAUGCAAGUUUGCAGAUGGUGGACAGAAGAAGCGACAGAAUCAGAACAAAUAUAUACAGAAUGGGAGAGCAUGGCACAGAGAAGGCGAGGCUGGAAUGACACUUACCUAUGAUCCAACUACAGCUGCUCUACAGAAUGGAUUUUAUCCGUCACCUUACAGUAUUGCAACAAAUAGAAUGAUCACUCAAACAUCUAUUACACCUUAUAUCGCUUCUCCUGUUUCUACAUACCAGGUGCAGAGUCCUUCAUGGAUGCAGCCUCAACCAUAUAUCUUGCAGCACCCUGGUGCUGUGUUAACUCCCUCCAUGGACCAUACUAUGUCACUACAGCCUACGUCAAUGAUCAGCCCUCUGGCCCAACAGAUGAGUCAUCUUUCACUAGGCAAUACUGGAACAUACAUGCCUGCCACAACAGCUAUGCAAGGAGCCUAUAUACCCCAGUAUACACAUGUUCAGACAACAGCUGUUCCCGUUGAGGAGGCAAGUGGUCAGCAACAGGUUGCCGUAGAGACGUCCAGUGAUCAUUCUCCAUAUACCUAUCAACAAAAUAAGUAACUGUGAGAUGUAUAGAGGAGUGUCCUUACCUGAAGAAGGGUGUGAAGGCUGAAACAAUCAUGGAUUUUUCUGAUCAAUUGUGCUUUAGAAAUUAUUGACAGUUUUGCACAGGUUCUUGAAAACGUUAUUUAUAAUGAAAUCAACUAAAACUAUUUUUGCUAUAAGUUCUAUAAGGUGCAUAAAAAAUCCUUAAAUUCAUCUAGUAGCUGUUCCCCUGAACAGGUUUAUUUUAGUAAAAAAAAAAAAAAAAAAGUUUUUAUCAAGUGUUAUGAUGCAAAAAAAAGAAAAAAAAAAGAAAAAAAAGAAAAGAAAACAAUUUUCUGGGAAUGCACAAAGACCACGAAGACUCCUUCAUGUGCAUGACCAAAUUUUUGUGUUUUGUUUAUUUUGUGUUUAAUUUCUUUUUUGUUUUUUUUAUUUGUAUGAAAUGGGUUUUCUGAAGUUUAAGUAGUCAAACAUCACAACUGAUGUUCUGUGCUUGCAGUGUGGAUGUUGCUGUAGUGCCGUGUGUUGCAGUCACAGUGUCCGUUUUCUUAGCUCUCUGUUUUUCUUUGAACAUAGUGUGUGAAGUGUCUUAUCUUUUUCUAUCAAUUCCAAUUUGCCUUAAAUCUUUCAAUGCUGUAGCUGUUUCAGUAAAAGUUAGUCCAAACUAAUGAUGUAGAAUGCUUUGACCAAAUGAGCUGGUCUAUUAUGCCUUGUAAAACAGCAGCAUAGGGCUUUUAAAAGGUAGUCAAUAAAAGUUGCUGAAAAUUUGGCUUUUUUUAAAUGUGUAGUAGGUGUUUUUAAUGAUUUUUCACAUAAUGUGUAAGGUAGUGAAAUGCAAGAGGGGGGAAAAAUGUUUUGUGUGAAACACAUUUUCUGACUAGGGAAAUUUUAAUAGGAUAAAUUGUUUGUAAGGCCUUAUGCCAACAGUUCCCUCUGGUAGUUUGACUGAUUUAGGAAAUCUGCUGUAUGAUGCAAUGUAAAUCUUUUUUGCCUUUUUUUCAGAAAAAGAGAAAAAAAACCUAACUUGAUGUUCUAGUUUUAGUGUAGGUAGCGGAGGGAGUGGGGGUGGGGCGGGUGGGGAAUCACGGAAUGUUUUGUCCUUUCUUUCUACUAAUGAUAGUGCUUUAGAAUGAGGGUGAUGCCUGAGAUCGAGCAAACCGAAAAUGUUGCUAUCACAGCAAAAUGGCAAAAGCUAAAAGUAAAGGAUUUAUUUUCAAACAUGAGCUGAGAUGUGAGUAGGAACAUAAAUGAUUGGAUACUAGCUCUCUAUAUUAGGUAAAUUUAAAAAUAAAAUGACUUGGCACUUUUAAAGGUAACUUUACCAAAGACCAAAGAGCCAGUAACCAAUAACUCUGAUUUGUCUCAGCAUUACAUCUUCUGUACUCUUUAUUUUUGCCGGACCAGUUUGCGGUUAGGAGAAUGUGCCUUUUUUGUACAUUUACAUUUAGGUUUUAUAAUUUUAAUUGAUGUAUGGACACAAAAAGCAUGAAGGAAGACUUGGAUCCAAGCAGUGCCACGCUUUACAUCAUCACUACAAGUGUUAAGUGUAAAGGAAACCAAUUUUGAAACUAUGAAAUUCCUGAUUCAUAAAUACACAGUUAUUUCUACUUUACAUAUUAGAUAAGUCACUGUUAUGAAAGCUGUUUUUUAUUACAAUUACAUACAUUUAAAACAAACAAUGAUAAAUUAAGUUGUCUUCCAAAACUGUGUACUUGUCUGGUCAGCUGUGUAUGAUCAGUUAUCUACCUCAAAGUUUAUUUCCUUUUGUACUGGGACAGGUUGCUGGCCCUCCCUGUUUCCACAGACCAAAUCCUCCUAGCUCAGGAGCUAGGACUAAGCAGUUAUUUCUUUCAAGUAUUUUUUAGUUUUUAAAUUUUAUUCGUGUAUUUGAGUAUAGAUGUCGGUGACAUUUCAUAGUUUCAAAAGUAAUUGCUGCUCUGAGAAGUAUAGAUUCUAGUGAAUUACAUAGUCAUAAGAGAAAUGUGUUUUUUUUUUUUUGUUUUGUUUUGUUUUUUGGGGUUUUUUGUUUUUUUUGUUUUUUUUUAAGUUGUGGUAUUAUUGGUUCUAUGCUCCCUGGAAUAUUACUGCUUUGUAAAAGUCCAGACUUCCUGCAGCACCUUCCUUCCUUCCUUGUAUCUAGUAUGUUUGCAAACCUGGAUCUCUCACUACUUGAUACUUUUGCAUUAGUUAAGGCAGAAAAAAACCAUUAGAUAGCUCUGUUGGAGGAAGGGAAGAUCUGCUGCUAGGGGUGUCUGAACUAAGUGCCAUACUCGUCUGGGUAAGAUUUGGGAAACAUAACCUCUGUACAUAAAGAAAUAAUCAGUUAAACAUCACAUAGUAGACAGCCAUUAAAUUAUAAAAAAAAAAUUAAUUUAUGAAGAAAGACCUUUUGUACAGAUUGAAAAAAAAGAUUUUCAUAGAGAUAUCUAUAUGAUCAAGAGAGUUAAUUUUUUAUUUUUGUUUUACUAGUGCCACAAACUUGCCAGUGGUAACUUAUUUGUCCGGUUCAAGAUAACUCUGUAGUUUUGUUUCCUAGGACUUGUUGUUAAACGCCAAAAGACAUUUUUGAAUUGUAAAUUUGAUUAGAUUGUCAGCUUUUUCUGUUUAAUUUCUUUUGAAAAACUUUUGAAUAAAAAAGAUCUGAAAA